UCCAUCUCACCUGAAACCUCAUCUAUGCACUGGGUCGACAUCUGGACAGCGAUGCCCCAACUGACAGAAUCUGCCAAUCUGCCUCCAGCACCUUUUAACUCCACCCCCUCCAUCUUCCCCAACACAACUCUCCGUCAAACCCUCCGCCUGACGCAACCGGCGUCGACCAUCCGCCUCCGUCUCUCCAACGCCUUCGGGACCACCGACCUCCCCAUAACAACUGUCAGCAUAGCCAUCCCCCCAAACAAUACCCUUGGGAGCUCCACCAUAAUCCCUGACACCAUCACCCCACUCUCCUUCGACGGGGAAUCCUCGAUUCUUAUUCCGCCAGGUAGCCUGGCCGUCACGGACCCAAUCACACUACCACAGGGCGCGAAGACCACCCUCACAGUGGACAUAUAUCUCGCAACAGGACAGACAGGGGAAGCGAUUACCUCGCAUCCGGGAAGUCGUACAACCUCGUGGAUGACAUUUGGCGAGAUGGUUGGCGCGGAAGAAUUGACCGAGACUGACCUGGCGGAUGUUGAGCAUUGGUACUUCAUAUCCGCCAUCGAAGCCCUCCUCCCACUUCCCUAUCACAGCUGCGCCAUCCUAGGCGACAGUAUCACUGACGGAAGAGGGAGUGACACGAACGAGAAUAAUCGCUGGCCCGACCUCCUCCUCCCUGUCCUUCAUCAAAACACAACCACAAAAUAUAUUUCCCUCCUCAACCAAGCCGCCGGCGGAAAUCGUAUCCUCCACGACGGUCUCGGACCUAACCUCCUUUCCCGGAUCGACCGGGACGUCCUCGCUCAUUCUGCCGUAACUCACACCAUAGUCUUCGAGGGAGUAAACGAUAUCGGCACCGCGUCUAACGAUUCCUAUACUCAACACAUCACCGGAGACAGGAUCAUCCGCGCUUAUCAACAAAUAGUGACGAGGUUACAUGCCGCGGGGAUAAAGGUAUUCGGGGCGACGAUCACGCCGUUUGGAACGCCGGAGAAUGCAACUGUUGUGCAGACGUAUUCGGAUCCUGAGAGGGAGAGGACGAGACAGAGGGUGAAUGGGUGGAUCAGGGAUAGUGGGGGGUUUGAUGGGAUAGUGGACUUUGAUGCGAUGGUCAGGAGUGAUACGGAUGGGAGUGUGUUGAAGAGUGAGUAUGAUUCAGGGGAUCAUCUGCAUUUGAAUCCGAGAGGGUAUGAGGCUAUGGCGAGGGGGUUUCCGGUGGAUUUGUUUGUGGAGUAGGGGUGU